AUGACUUCCAUGCCUACUGUUCUCUUACUCCUAAGUUUUCUAUGUUUAGCCAAAAGUGGAGUUCAAGAAGAUCAACGUAGCCACAUAACACCAGGCUCUAUCAUUUACCCCAAUGCACGUGCAUGGCCUUCCCCUUCUGGUCGGUUUGCAUUUGGUUUUUACGAGCAAGAUAAUGGCUUCAGGGUCGGGAUUUGGUUACUUGCUAAAAGAAAUAAAAUAGUAUGGACAGCAAAUCGUGAUGAUCCAGCACUACCAUUCACUUCGAAAGCAACUCUAAAAUUUACUGAGGAUGGAAAGCUUGUUUUGACAAAUGAGCUGGGGGAGAUGAGACUUAUUGCUAACGUAACUGCCUCCUCUGCGUCCAUGCUAGAUUCAGGCAAUUUUGUGCUCUACGACAAGCACAAGAAGAUCAUUUGGGAGAGUUUCCAGUAUCCGACUGAUACCAUUUUAGGAGGUCAGAAUUUGUAUCCUGGCAGUCGGUUGUUCUCUAGUGUAUCAGAAACAAACUACUCAGCAGGAAGGUUUCACCUCGAGAUGCAGGAAGAUGGAAACCUUGUUCUCUACCCGAUGUAUACGGACAAUACUGGAGCAAAUGCAUACUGGAGUUCUAAGACUUUUGGGACCAAUACCAAGUUUCACCUUUAUCUCAAUUCUACAGGUCUUCUACAGCUCAUCAAUGAAACUGAUUCGAGCAUCUACAAUACACUUGGUGGAGCGUCUUAUAGUUCGGCUGCCUAUAGAAGUCCGCUCGGCUAUCACCCCUACAGCUACUACAACAACCAAAACAAGAACACCACAGACAGCAUCAUUUAUCGUGCAACCCUUGAUGUUGAUGGAAUUUUCCGCUUAUAUUCUCAUAUAUACAAUGGAAGUGGUGAAGUCAACGAAUCGGUUGUGUGGUAUGCAUUGAAAGAUACAUGCGAUGUUAAUGGUUACUGCGGCUUCAACAGCUAUUGCACAUACAAUGAUUACCAGCCUACCUGCCUUUGCCUUCCCGGUACUGAUUUUGUGGAUCAAUUUCAUAGCAUUUAUGGCUGCAAGAGGAAUUAUACUGAAGCUCAGUGUAAAAGUGAUAAGGCUAAUGCACACCAUUUCAGCAUAGAGACCAUGGAGAAUAUGGUUUGGGAAGAUACUUCUUACAGCAAAGAGCCAAUGUCAGUGGAAGAGUGUAGCAGAUCUUGUCUGGAGGACUGUAACUGUGAGGCAGCGUUGUUUAAGGGAGGGAUCUGCAUGAAACAAAAGCUUCCCCUGAGGUAUGCAAAAAGAGAUUUCCAAUCAGAAGAGGAGUCCAGGGCUUUACUGAAGGUGGGGAAAAGACGCCCAGAAGAACAUGAUAUCCGACCUAUCCCACCACCAAAGCUACCGGUAUAUCACAUCAAAAGCCAAAAAGUAGUGGUGGAAGUUCUUCUUUUGACAUUUAGUCUGGUUACCUUUUCUUGUGUUUUCCUUACAAUUUUUGGACUAUUUGUUUACAAGUUUCGAGUUCUAAGAUACAAAAGACUGUUAGAAGAUAGAAAUUGGGGCCUAACCAAGGAGCUUACUCUGCAAUUAUUUUCGUACGAUCAGCUUCGGAAAGCAACAAACGGCUUUAAAGAAGAGUUGGGUAAAGGCUCGUUUGGAGCUGUCUACAAGGGGACCUUAUACAAAGGCAGGGAAACUGUUGCUGUUAAGAGACUUGAGAAGUUAAUCGAAGAAGGCGAAAGAGAGUUCCAGGCAGAGAUGCGAGCAAUUGGUAGAACUCACCACAGGAAUUUAGUUCGGCUUUUGGGAUAUUGCGCUGAGGAUUCCAAGAGGCUGUUGGUCUAUGAAUACAUGGCUAAUGGCUCCCUUGCUAACCUACUUUUCAAGGCAACAAGGCGCCCAGAUUGGAAUGAAAGAAUAAGAAUAGCCCUGGAUGUCGCAAGAGCAAUCCUCUAUUUACAUGAAGAAUGUGAGACCUCCAUCAUUCAUUGCGACAUAAAGCCUCAGAACAUAUUAAUGGAUGAUACUUGGACAGCUAAAAUUUCCGAUUUCGGGCUGGCAAAAUUGUUGAUGGGAGAUCAAACAAGGACCUUCACAGGAGCAAGGGGAACUAGAGGAUACAUGGCACCAGAAUGGCAGAAAAACACUCCAAUAUCGGUGAAGGCUGAUAUUUACAGUUUUGGAAUAGUGCUAUUGGAAAUUAUCUGUUGCAGAAGGAACUUGGACACAACCGUAUCAAAAACGGAGGAGAUUAUUCUGUCCACUUGGGUCUAUAGAUGUUUUGUUGAAAAGAGGUUGGAUAAAGUUGUUCUUGGUGAAGAAGUAGAUAAGAAAAACUUGGAAAGAAUGGUGAUGGUGGCACUUUGGUGUAUUCAAGAUGAACCAGCUCUCCGUCCUUGCAUAAAGAGUGUAGUGAUGAUGUUGGAGGGGAUAACUGAUAUAUCUAUUCCUCCAUGUCCAACUGCUUCUCUUUCCUCCAUGUAA